GGAGACCAAAGAUGUCUAGAUUGAUGGCGUGUGAGAGAGCAAAAUACCGCUUUGAUUAUUUGACGCCGCAAGCAAAGGGUCACGUUCCACUAACUUUCAAGAUUCAACAAAACCCACUUUGUUUCUCUCUCUUUUUUUUAUAUAUCUUCAUAUUCUCUUUCUGUGUCAUCUUCUUUUAAUAAUCUGAUCUUCUUACAGAAGAAAGAUUGUCUCCAGAGAAAAAAGGUUUUUCUUACAAAGAAAAAAGAUUCAAGUCUUUUGAGUUUUCAACAAAGUCCAGAUUCAAUGAACAGAGGCGAUAAACGUAAUCAGCAACCUUCAUAUAUCGCUGAUCAUUUCAGCAGCUUGGAUCAGGUGAUAACUUCUCUGAGAGAAGCUGGACUUGAAUCUUCAAAUCUGAUUCUAGGAAUUGACUUCACCAAGAGCAAUGAGUGGACAGGAAGAUAUUCAUUCAAUAGAAAAAGUCUUCAUGCCAUUGGUAAAAGACUGAAUCCGUAUGAGCAGGCAAUAUCCAUAAUUGGUCGUACUUUGUCUCCCUUUGAUGAAGAUGAUCUUAUACCUUGUUUUGGUUUUGGCGAUGUGACAACACGCGAUCAAUAUGUAUUCAGCUUUUAUCCUGAGAACAAAAGCUGCCAAGGAUUGGAAAACGCUGUUAAACGAUAUAGAGAGAUUGUUCCACAUUUGAAGUUAUCUGGUCCUACCUCGUUUGCACCGGUUAUUGAUGCUGCCAUCAACAUAGUUGAGCAGAACAAUAUGCAAUACCAUGUUCUCGUCAUUAUUGCAGAUGGUCAGGUUACAAGGAAUCCUGAUGUUCCGCUUGGUCGACUUAGUCCACAGGAAGAAGCUACUAUGAACUCGAUAACGGCAGCUAGCCAUUACCCGCUGUCGAUCGUCUUGGUUGGAGUAGGAGAUGGACCAUGGGACACAAUGAAACAGUUCGAUGACAAUAUCCCUCACCGUGAGUUCGAUAAUUUCCAGUUUGUAAACUUCACAAAGAUAAUGUCGGAGCACAAAGAUGCGGCUAAAAAAGAGGCUGCUUUUGCACUCGCAGCUCUCAUGGAGAUCCCUUUUCAAUACAAGGCCACAUUAAGUCUCAAUAGAAAACCAGUGCGCAGUUCCCAUCUGCACCAGAAGCCACUCCCACCACCACCGGAGGUUAUUGAGCGUGACAAUGCUAUUAGAUCGGUGCCACAUCCAAUGACAGAAGCUGCAGAGAAAAGUGACAGAACGGCUCCUGCUACAGCGCCGGUAUGCCCGAUUUGCUUGACUAAUCCAAAGGACAUGGCUUUUAGCUGCGGCCACACAACGUGCAAGGAAUGCGGCGUGGUUGUCACGACAUGCCCAAUGUGCAGACAAGCUAUAACAACAAGGAUCAGGCUGUACACUUGACUGUAAAAUCCAGGGAAACUCAAGGACGCUAGAGAUGAGGCAAAAACCAUAUGGGUAACUGGUUACACACUUGAGAUUCAUGUUCAUACGUGUGUAGCACAUUGUACAGUCCAAGCAGAAUAAUAAUAAUACAUAGACUGUAGUUUGUAUGUAUAUUGCAGUGGCUGUGAGGCUCUUUGGAUUAGACUAUUAAAUGAAUUCCCAAAAUUCUUA